AUGGGUAUCCAAUGUCUCCUUCAAUCUCUUAAAUCGAUACAGACGAAUGUUUCCAUUGCGAAGUAUUCUGGUAUGACGGUUGGUGUGGACGCAUAUUGUUGGCUUCAUAAGGGUAUUUACACGUGUAUGAAUGAGCUGGUCUUAAACAAGCCUACCACAAAAUACGUGGAUUACUGCAUGAAGCGCGUACGAAUGUUGAAGAAUUAUGAUAUUCGUCCGUUCAUAGUUUUUGAUGGUGGAUUAUUGCCGGCGAAAGACCAUGCGGAAGCCUUGCGAGAUGAAAAAGUGGAAUAUAUGGUGGCACCUUAUGAGGCGGAUGCCCAAUUGGCAUAUCUUGAAAGGAAAAACCGAAUUCAGGCCAUAAUCACGGAAGAUUCUGAUUUGCUUGUGUUUGGUUGCAAGACGGUGUGUUUGUCCUUUGACAUCGACGCCCUUGAACAAAGGUUCCAACAUGAACUUACCAUUCCACAAAAAUUGACAACAGGUGAUAUACAAGUUAGACUCGGAUGGAAGGUGCAUCGAAAUUUGUCGGGACAAUUUUGGAAAAGUGCGAGAGAUAAACAUGAUCGGUUGGACCGACGUGCAAUUUCGUCAUAUGACAAUGCUAGAUACAGAACUGCGGACAAGGUGCUGAUGCUCUUACGAGCUGAAAGAAGAUUGGAAAUACCGCCAGAUUAUUUAGCUAAUUUUAAACGAGCCGAGUUGGCAUUCCUAUAUCAACGCGUAUUUGAUAUCGAUACUCAACGCUUGGUAACACUAAAUCCAAUUCCCGAAGGGUUUAACAUCACGCAAGAUAAUGAAUACAUUGGACCGGAUCUUGAUCCUACCGUGGCCGCUGGCAUCGCGACUGGCGAUCUCAACCCGCUCACCAAACAACCCAUGUCAGAUAUACCAAGGUUAGAAGAAACCGUGGCGUUCAAGGAGGUGGGAGCCGAUUUCGGCUUAGGGUUCUAUAAUGAAACGGUUGAUGGGGAAUUGCACUCAAACGCAAAUUGGUAUUCGGUCAUCCCUGAUUCCUACGAAAAACAAAAUCAAGUAGCUUUCCAGGUAACUGAUUGA